GUGCACCGGCAAGGGAAGAGGCACACACCACGCAGAACUCGGCAGGCAGAGCCGGUGCGGUACGAGCCUUCGUCGUGGUGGCCUGGGCAAGGAACGGAGCACGGCAGGGUGACUUUCACCCCGUCGAACCUUUAAAGUUGUUGCUUUUAACGUGUGUGUGUGUGUAGUUACAUAGGGCAUGCUGGAGACACUACAUUGGUAUGAAGACCAAGCGGAGGAGGGAGAGGAGAGCGUCUACAGCCGUUUGAUGAAGGCUCAAUGCUGCUAUGAGGUCAUCCCCACCAGCUCCAAGCUCGUGGUGUUUGACAUCUCCCUGCAGGUGAAGAAGGCCUUCUUCGCCCUGGUGGACAGUGGCGUGAGGGCGGCACCGCUGUGGGACAGCAAGCUCCAGACGUUUGUGGGGAUGCUCACAAUCACAGACUUCAUCAACAUCUUGCACAGGUACUACAAGUCACCAAUGGUGCAAAUAUAUGAACUUGAAGAGCACAAAAUAGAAACAUGGAGAGAGGUGUAUCUGCAGGACUCGUUCAAGCCCCUGGUCAGCAUAACACCAGAAGCGAGCCUUUUUGAUGCCGUGUACUCCCUCAUUAAAAACAAGAUUCACCGGUUGCCCAUCAUCGACCCUGUCUCUGGAAACGUCCUCUACAUCCUCACGCACAAGCGUAUCCUCCGCUUCCUGCACCUCUUUAUUUCCGAGCUGCCGAAGCCCCGCUUCAUGUGCAGGCCGCUGGGAGAGCUGAGAGUGGGGACGUUUAAUGACAUCGCAUUCAUCUACACGGACACGCCGAUCAUCACGGCCCUCAACCUGUUCGUGGAAAGGAGGGUCUCGGCCCUGUCUGUCGUGGACCGAUCUGGGAGAGUGGUGGAUGUUUAUUCUAAAUUUGAUGUAAUAAACCUGGCGGCAGAGAAGAACUACAACAACCUGGACAUGACGGUGACGCAGGCGCUGCACCACCGCUCGCAGUACUUCGAGGGCGUCGUCAAGUGCCACCGACAGGAAUCCCUGGAGACCAUUGUCGGUCGCCUCGUGCAUGCCGAGGUACACAGGGUGGUGGUCGUGGAUGAGAAUGACCGGGUGGUGGGCAUCCUCUCGCUCUCGGACAUCCUGCAGGCCCUCAUCCUCACUCCGGCCGGCGUGGAUGCCCUGAACAGCUAAUCUCAGCCAGAGCCACUUCAGCUACAACUCUCAUAGCCAGAUGGGUGCAAGACAGCAAAUUCCACUGUAGGCAAGUGGGAAAACAACGUCUGCAAAACAUUCACGAUUGCACACUGCUCAUGGGACUUGAAGCUUCACAGAAUGCGAUGCAAAGACUGCACUUGGAAACUCAGACGUGAAAUCUGGAAACGUCUUAUCAUGGUCCGCAUGGACAAGGUGUGACCACAUUUGAUUGGGCGAUAGCAUCCCUGUAGACAGAGCAACGAUCUCUUGUGUAAACUGUACAUUUUAUAUGUUAUAACAUUUUCUAUAGUCUGAAGCUGAUAUGCGCUAUGAUUUUGAAAAAAAGGGGGAUUUAUUUAUUAUGUUCUCAUAGGUUUAAGUGACAUUGUAUAAGUGAAUUUCCCAUAAUACUGUAUUUAACGUUUGAAAGCGCAGUGCUUGGGAGAGGUACAAAAAUGUGUUAUUUAUUGCUAGGGAGCGCUUUCAAGCCAGCUGCUAAGGUGUGCAUUGGCAAGGUCGCAUUGUUCCUAGCGUGUUUACAUCACACGACUCAUUAAAGAAAAAGGUUCACGAUUUCAAAAGGGUGUUUAUUUAUGUUUCAUUUAUUUUGCGUUUUAGUCCCUAAAUCCUCACUCUCACUUAUUUUUGCAAUCUAGAAUUUGCGAACAUAGUACUGCCAAAGCCUAUCAGGAAUCCAGCUCAGUCCUGGGGUGGUAUCGAUCCUUGGUUUGUUGGUUCUUAGGUUGUGGGUGUAUAGUCAGUGUGAGGCAUAUAAUUUCCGAAAGACAAGUCUAUCCAUCAAACAGUGGUGUGAGUAUGUAACAAGCCAUUAUUAUUGCAUCUAUACAAAUGUAAUAGCUUUGUCAAGACGUCCUAUUAUAUUGUCUUCGAGAUUACAUGCCACGUAUAUAACGGAGUUUUUGGGCAACCCGCACAUAUUUUUUAAAAUCCUUUAUAUUAAGUUAAAUUGCUUGCUUGCUUGCACGCUUACGACCGUGCAAAUCUUUCGGUCCUUUUUUAACCCACUUCCCGUGAUCCAAUCGAGCUGACAUUUUGCACACAGACUCGUUGUGCGUGACAAUUUAUUUUCGUGAAAUUUUCCCCCGAAAAUUUUACGAUUUUUAGGAAAAAAAAUAUUUCAUAUUUUAUUUAAAAUACCAAUGUGAUAAAAAUGAAACUCUUACUCAAGAAAAACAGAAAUGAAUAAUAAAAUAAAACCGAUGCCACGCAUAUAAAGGAUUUAUAGUGAAAAACUUUGUUUUUACGGGUUAAUUUUUAUAAGUAAAAACUACAUCUUGCCCUCCCAAAACGCAGCCAUUCAACAGCAUGCAAGACAACGCUGACUCGUGCAGCUGCGUCUCCUCGCUGCUUAGAGACGUCGCGUAUCAGGCAGUUCCAAUUUAGUUGUGUGCUUAUU